CUCUUUCUUUAAUGUUGUUCUGAAACUCCAUAAACAAGCAGCUUUCAGCUCUUCCAUUUCAUUUCAUUCAAACCCUACUCAUUUCAACAACAAAAGAACCUGUUGUUGUUGUUUUUCUGUAACAUGGCUUUGCUUCUUUUGCUUCACAUUGCUCUCUUUUCUGCUCUUUGUUCAGCUGACGACCCUUAUGUCUUCUACGAUUUUAAAGUCUCUUACAUCACUGUGUCCCCUCUCGGUGUCCCUCAACAGGUUAUUGCAAUCAAUGGAGCAUUUCCUGGUCCUGUCUUGAAUGCCACGACCAAUUACAAUGUUGUUGUUAAUGUUCACAAUCAACUGGACGAAAAUCUUUUGAUGACUUGGUCAGGGAUUCAAUUGCGGAGAAAUUCUUGGCAGGAUGGUGUUCGUGGUGCGAAUUGUCCGAUUCAUCCGAAAACGAAUUUUACUUACCAGUUUCAGGUUAAGGAUCAGAUCGGGAGCUUUUUCUACUUCCCCUCCCUCAAUUUUCAGAGAGCAUCGGGUGGCUUCGGUGCCAUUGUUAUCAAUAACCGGAAAAUUAUAUCGAUUCCUUUUGCUGAACCGGACGGGGACUUUGUCGUCUUGAUCGGUGACUGGUAUACGAAGAACCACACGGCAUUGAGAGCGACUCUCGACUCCGGUGAAGAACUCGGUAUGCCGGAUGGAGUUCUCAUUAACGGGAAGGGACCGUACCGGUAUAAUUCGACCCUUGUCCCUGAUGCUAUUGAAUAUGAAACCAUUCAUGUUCAUCCAGGCAAGACGUAUCGCUUUCGAGUGCAUAAUGUCGGGAUAUCGACUAGUUUGAACUUUAGGAUAGAGGGCCAUAAUCUUCUCUUGGUGGAAACCGAGGGAGUUAAUGUAUCGCAACAAAAUUUCACUAGCUUUGAUAUUCAUGUGGGACAGUCGUAUUCGUUUUUAGUCACCAUGGAUCAGAAUGCAACUAAAGAUUACUACAUUGUGGCAAGUGCUCGGUACGUGAAUGAAUCGGUGUGGCGAAGAGUAACCGGUGUGGCCGUCUUGCAUUAUUCCAAUUCGAAAGGGCCGGCCACCGGUCCGCUGCCUGUUCCUUUGAGUGAUGUUUACAACCAAUGGUCAGCAAUGAACCAGCCCAGGGCCAUCAGGCAAAAUACUACAGCAAGUGGAGCUCGGCCGAACCCCCAAGGGUCUUUUCAUUAUGGUUCAAUUAAUGUGACCGAAACAUAUGUGAUACGGAGCUUGCCUCCGGUUAGGAUUAACGGGAAGCUUCGUGCUACACUGAAUGGCAUCUCUUUCGUCAACCCUGAUACACCGAUCAGGCUAGCUGACCUGCACCACGUAAAGGGUGCUUAUAAGCUGGAUUUCCCCCAUAAGCCUCAUGAUACAACUCCCAAGAUGGACCGAUCCAUAAUCAAUGCUACAUACCGAGGAUUCGUGGAGGUUAUAUUGCAGAAUAACGACACCAAAAUACAGAGCUUUCACAUGGAUGGCUAUGCAUUUUAUGUUGUCGGAAUGGAUUUUGGACUGUGGACAGAAAGCAGCAGAAGCAGUUAUAAUAAAUGGGAUGCCAUCUCUCGAAGCACGACUGAGGUGUACCCUGGUGGAUGGACAGCAGUCCUUAUCUCCCUUGAUAAUGUGGGAGUAUGGAACUUUAGAGUAGAGAACUUGGAUAGGUGGUACCUAGGCCAAGAGACCUACAUGAGAAUUGUCAACCCUGAGGAAAAUGGCAAGACAGAGCUGGCUCCCCCUGAUAAUGUUUUGUAUUGUGGUGCUCUGAAGAGCUUGCAAAAAGAAUCAUUAAGCUCUUCUGCAAUGGCAUUGCACUGUGGUAACUCCAAGCCGCUUCUAACUUUGAUCAUCACAAUUUUGGUAUCCAUUUUCACUUUUAGGUGAUUAUCCAAAGCUUGUUGAAGG